AUGGUUCGCAUAAGUUUAUGCAUCGUCAACGUUUUCUACCCGGCAGUGCAGAUCCUUGCUGAGGGCACUCUUCACCUGACAGUCCAUGCAGCUACGGCCCACCUCCACGGGGACGAUGCCAAAGCGGCUGGCAAAAGAAUAGCUUUCCGGUGGGAGAAGAGGCCUCUGGUGUCAGCUGAAAUGCUGUGGGACACAGUCGAGCUGGUGCAGACGCUGUACUUCAUUUUUUUGUCCGACAUUGUGAGCCUGCUGUGGGCAAUUGCGUGGAGGUUGGCGUACCCGGCGCUGGCCAUCUUCAGACGGUUCCUGGCUUUGUUCUGCUUCAUCCUGGGCGCCAGUCAGGAAGAGCUGGGCUACUUUCUGGCAGAUGUGGCGCAUCAGACCGUGGCAGCUCUUCAGGUCUUCGCCGUUUACGCAGACCAGAAGCUUGUCCCGCUGACGAACUGGGCAAUUGACUGGCUUGAGGAGAGUUUGGGCGUAGUCUUCUGGCUUGUUGUCCGCGCCGGGGCGCUCGCGCAGCACCACCGCUUUUGUAUCGUCAGGCUCUUCACCUAUGCCCUGCUGAAUCUAGAGGAGGUCCCUUACGCUGAGCCACCGUGGCUGGAUCCGGGCGCAAGCUCACGGAUACCGGUGUCGGAGGCUAUUCUGGGGUUUUCAUUCAAGCCUCUGGUUGGAGCGUCUUGGAACUUCUUGGACAUGACUGUUGACGCACACUGGGCUGAAGACGGUGAGAAAGCCUUGAAGCUAGCUGAUGCGAUACGCCCACCGCCUGCAGAGAUGGGUGAUGCGCUGCACCUUCUUGGAGCAUGUCACCUCCGGAUGCGUUCAUUUGCAACGGCAAUCAAGUGCUUCGAAAGGGCCAUGCUCGUCAAGCAGAUGGCUUCAACAAGUGAGGGACACGGCGACCAGACUGUGACCGUGGCAUCCUCUUUGCUCGCGCUGGGCAGUGCUCACCUACAGAGUGGUUCAGCGGUCACCGCGGCUCGCUGUUUGCAGACCGUGGUGGCAACACUGGAAGAGUUAGGUGACGAAGCAGAUGAGCUGAUGCUG